AAAUAAAUAAUCCCCAAGCUGCCAAAUUCGUUCAACGUGAGGGCCGUGUAAAACCCUUCUUCUUCUUCUUCUUCUUCUUCUUCAUAUAUUCGUCUACUUCGAUCCCCAAUUCCCCAUCCCAUUUCAAUUCAUUUGAUCGAUCAUCAAACCCUAAUUUCAGUUUCUCUGAAUCUAGGAGAUCUCGAUCCAUGGAAACUGCAGCGGCGCUUCGAUCUCCUCCUCUUCCUCUUUACCUCUCCCGAGCUCCCGAUUUCGCCCGCCGCGAUCUCCUCUCCUUCGAUCCGAAACCCCAUUUCCCCACCAGAUCGAUCAAGGGUUUUGGCUCGAUUUCGGUGCUGAAGCGGUCGCAGAGGCCAUUUGGAGGACCGUGUAGGAGAAGUGCGAUUAGGGUUUCAUCAUCGUUGUCCUCGCCCUCCUCGUCGGAUAAUCCAUCGUCGUCUCCGAUCGCUCCCCUGCGAUUGGAGUCGCCGUUCGGGCAGUUCCUGUCGCAGAUGCUCGUCACUCACCCCCACCUCCUCCCCGCCGCCGUCGAGCAACAGCUCGAGCAGCUCCAAACCGAUCGCGAUGCCGAGAAGAAGAAUGAGGAGCCGCCGACGCCUUCCGGAAACGAACUCGUCUUGCACAGGAGAAUCGCGGAGGUGAAAGCUAAAGAAAGGAAAAGGGCUUUAGAGGAGAUACUCUACGCCUUGGUUGUCCAAAAAUUUGUGGAAGCUGAAAUUUCCUUGGUUCCAGCUCUAUCCCAAUCGGUCGACCCUUCUAAAAAUGUUGACCAAUGGUCCUCAACGGAGGAGAAAUUCGAGAAGCUCCAUUCUUCCGAGGCAUAUGAGAUGAUCAAGAACCAUUUGGCUCUCAUCUUGGGUCAGCGGUUACCCGACCCGAGCUCUGUUGCACCGAUUAGCAAGCUUCGUGUGGGCCAGGUCUACGCUGCCUCUGUAAUGUAUGGGUACUUUCUCAAGCGAGUGGAUCAACGAUUUCAACUCGAGAAGUCGAUGAAAACCCUUCCAUGGGGACCAGAGGAAGAAGAGACUGAAAACAAGCAAGAGAUGCCAUUUAUUGAUAGUUCUCAUCCCGAGAUGGAAGGGCUGAGUUUUAGUGCAGGCGGGCCGAGCCAAUCUUUUAAACCAAGCCCGUUAAGAUCGUACGUCAUGUCGUUUGAUUCGGAGACUCUGCAGAGGUACGCGACGAUUAGGUCGAAGGAAGCAUUCGGCAUUAUUGAGAGACAAACUGAAGCAUUAUUUGGGAGGCCAGAGGUUGUCAUCACGCCACAAGGGACUAUUGAUUCUUCAAAAGAUGAGAUUAUUAAGAUAAGCUUUGCAGGAUUGAGGAGGCUUAUUUUGGAGGCUGUUACUUUCGGGUCGUUUCUCUGGGAUGUCGAGAGCUUUGUUGAUUCCAGGUACCAUUUUGUUACCAAUUAGCUGACUUGUUGUUUCAGAAGGUUUUAAUAUUUCAAGGCUUGUUAAAACGGAGGUGAUAAAUACUACCAGUGUUAAAUGUGCAGUCACUACUGAUCUGGAAUGAUGUUCAGUCUCUUUAGAAUGUACAUAUGAAAUCUCUUUACCUCGAGUCAUGAAAAUUGUAAUAGCUGCAGUUUUACUGUUGUAACUCUUCUCAAUGCUGAAAAAGAUUUGAGUUGCUUUGUAAAUUCUGAUUCUCACUUAUCUGCUUUA